UAUUUGAUGAAUUGCUGGGAAGAGUGAAGGAAAGAGAGAACAAGAUGCAAAGAAGCGUAAACGUCUGGCAGAAGACUUUCUCAAUUUAUUGCACUCUAUUAAGGAAAUAACUGCAUCUUCAAACUGGAAGAGCUGUAAAGAACUUUUUCAAGAUAGCCAAGAGUUCAGUUCUAUCAAUGAGGAGAGCAUCUGCAUGGAGAUAUUUGUGGAAUACAUAGCUUAAUUGAAAGAACAGGCUAAGGAGAAUGAGAGGUUAUGGAAGGAGGAAAAGAUAGCAAAAGAUCGGGGAAUGACUAUAACAAGAAACAAAGGAAGAGACACAAUGAUUAUGUAGAUGAUCUAAAUGAGGGUGAGAAAGUUCGUUCGAAGAGUUCCCACACACAUAGCAGUGACCACAAAAGAUCAAGAUGUCAUGCCUCAACUCCUGAUUCAGAUGGUGAAAGCAGGCAUAAGAGACAUAAGAGAGACCAUCAUAAUGGUUCUCGCAGAAAUGGUGAUCAUCAGGACCUUGAAUAUGGGGAAACUCGGUAGAUAUCUUAUCCUUAAGGUGGUUUUUUUCCCCUUCAAUGCUGUCUGUAGUGGAAGAUGUUCGUUUUCUGUAGCAUACUACAUUUGCAGCAUACUGUAGUCUCUACCUGCUAUGGUUUCUGUUUUAGUCAGCCCCAUAUCCAUGUAACAGUAACAUGCUUUUGGAUAAUUUUUGAGACGAGUCCUGUUGCAUGUAAAUUAUUUUAUAACAUUGCAAAAUAAGUUGGGUGAAUCUAAAAUAUUUAU